CCCUCAUAGUGCUGACGCUGCACAUGUAGAGGAAGCUCCCUCUCAAAUGGACCACUGAAACUUACAUUGAUGGAGUGUAGUGGCACGAAUGCACUACAUUCAUGAAGAGAUCUAUAUUUAUAUGUAGUUCUAUAACAGUCACUAUAUUCAGAGUAUAAUGGACUUUAUCCUGUCUGUAUCAAGCCGUUGUUAUUCUCACCAAAUCAACAAUCAUUUUUUACAUAAUAACUGUUUGCUUUUUGUGUGUAAUGUAUAUGCCAUGUAGUCUGCAAUGUAAAUGCAUGUUUCCAUACUUACUCUAAACCCAACCGUUGUGUAUUUCAUAAAUAAAACUGUGUGCUUUUGUUGCUGUUGGUGUUCAAUAAGACGCGAUAAUAUCUGACAUGUCGUGCUAUUUAAAUUCCUCCCAGUGAGAUCAGAUUGUUUAAAAUACAGAGAAAGUCAAAAAAGCUGAUUAAAGGUAGUAUUUUGACCUGUUUUACUGUAGUUUUGUUAUGUAACAAGUAUAAGUAUUUUACGUAACAUUAUUUUAACCAAACCGAGUAGGUUUGUUGCGUAAGUAAACCUAAAAACUGAAUAAAAGUAUGUUUAUUUUAAAAAGACACUAUGCAUGUAACAAGCAUAAAUGCACAGUACCUGUGUGUGUGUGUGUGUGCGUUUAACAAGGUUUUAAUCUAUCUUCCAUAAGAACUGAUGCAAAAGUCUGUUUAAAAAGAGUAAAAAUCUUUUCUCUUUGCAUCUGAUUCUAUCGUUUUGUUGUUGUUCUACACUGCAGCAUUUCAAGCCUGUAAUACUUUCAGGCUCUGUCUACCUGCACAUUUACAUAACCAUGAAUAAACACCAUGCCGUUUACUGUCAUCUUCAUCACCAUUAUCUCUGUCAUCUGCUCCCCACAUGUUCAGAGUCAGCCGAGCGCCGAUGUUUCAACAGUACCCCGGAGUCGUACAACCUUAGUGAAGGGGAGGCGUUUUACUUUGUGCCCUAUGAUGUGGAGAAUCUGGAUGAAAAGUUCACCUGGUUCAGAAAUAAUAACGACAAUGAGAUUGAGAAUAUCACCAGCGACGAGAAUGAGGACGUACAUCACCACGGUGGAGCGCUCUUCCUCUUGAACCCCCUCCUUACGGACUCUGGCUCUUACACCGCUCGGGAAGACAGCUCAUCAGGAGAGUGUUACAACCAUUAUGUAACCUUUAGGGUUUUCAAAAAAAGCCAUAAGUUUGACAACAAACUCCUCUAUGAAAAAAUAAAGAACUCUGACGAGAGCAAGAAGGUCCCAUGUCCAUCCCCGAUCGGCCACUUUUGUGAAAUGUUGAAUGGAAACUUCAGCUGGAACAAGGACUCCGAACCCCUUGAAGGCCAACACGAAAAAGACCUGUGGAUCAAAAAUGCUACCAGGGCUCACGAGGGCAUCUACACGUGCAUUUGUACCUGGACGCACAACGGAAUGGAGUACACCUCGUCGGCCUCCAGGAGGCUGAAACAUUUAGAACCAAGUGUUCACCGAGACGUAGAGAUCAUCUCUCCAGCCAGCAAGGAGCAGUUAGCUGAGGAAGGCGUUGGGAUCAAGCUGAGCUGCUCCGUUUUCUGUGGGACUGAUGUGGAAGCUAACUGCCAAGCUAGCUGGCACAUUGACGGCGUUUCUCCCGACCAGGUCGCUGGAUACAAUGAAAACAUGAAACCAGUCAGUCAGAGCCCUGCGAAGGACACCAUCUCCACUGCGGUCCUGACCAUUGACAAAGUGUCUUCUCAGGAUUUCAACUCUAAAUUUGUAUGCAGAGGCGUUGGCAUGUACACACUGCGGAAUGUCACUUUGACUCUGAAGCCGAGAGAGUCGAUCAUCCCGCUGGUCGUUGGAGGAGUGUGUGUGUUGUUUUUCUGUGUGUUCGCCGCCAUGCUGGUCAAGUGCUUCGCCAUCGACCUCGCUCUCUUCUUCAGACCCUGCUUCCCACUCAGCCGUUGUGAUAAAGACGGGAGGAUGUUCGACGCCUACGUGGUCUACCAAAUGCAGAGCGUGGACAAGGUCACCGAGGACGCGCUCUGUCAGUUUGUCGCUAAGGUCUUGCCCUCCGUCCUCGAGGAGAAGUGCGGAUAUCGACUCUUCAUCCACGGGAGGGACGACAUACCCGGAGAAGACCGUCUGGAGCUGGUGGAGGACCGCAUGAAGCAGAGCAGGAGGCUGAUGGUCAUCCUCACCCCGGAUUCAGAGUCAGAGAGCUCAGACCAGCAUCCCAUCUCACCCCAAAACCCCCUCAUAGGAGGGUUUGACUGGCAGGUGGGGCUCCACCACGUGUUGCUGCAGAGAGAGAUGAGUGUGAUUCUGAUCCAGCUGGGGGACGAGAGCCCACAAGGAUACGCACACCUUCCCGCCGGCCUGCAGCACCUGAUUCUCAAGAGCACCCCCAUCAGGUGGUACGAGGACUCGCGGGGCGCCGCCGCCUGGAACUCACGCUUCUGGAAGAGAGUGAGAUACCUGAUGCCGGCCACACCUGCUAAACAACGUCCACAGUCGGCUAUUAUUUGAAGCCCUGGUGGAUUUACUCUGACUUUUUCUGGAAUGACAGAUAUGUAGCAUGUACAAUAAAAAGGGUCCAGACGCUCCAGUUACUUUUUAAAUUAUGCUAAUAUAGUCAUUUAUUUACUCUUGGUUAAAGAAAGUGUAAGAAAAUAUAAAAUAAUCCUAACUAAUGGAAGAAGUAUGUGUCUGCUCCAUCAAACAUCUGGCAAAAGAGAUUUUCUUUUAAAGAUAUAUAAGCAGGGCUGUAAUAGGUCACCUGUUGGUAUCAUUCAUUUCAUGACCGCUGAUCCCAGGACCUUUAGAGAUGCAGACCUUUAGAGAUGCAGGACCUUUAG